AUGACUUCGCGCCGCGACAGUGUGCAGCAUAUGCCGUCUGACUCGACACUCCGUGUCGAGUAUCAGGACAAGGUGAAAACCUAUGAGGACUCGGCAGAGGAGGACCUCACCCUGCCGACGCGGACACUCACGAACGAGGCCAAUCUCGACGAGUACCGCAAAGAGACACGAGCCGGCACCAUCAUUCAGCCCCACGCGGCCCCCGACGGGCACUCCGAGAGGUACAAGCUCGUGACGUUCACAAUCGACGACCCCGAGAACCCAAAGAACUGGAGCAAGGCAAAGAAGUGGUGGUGCACGCUCAUGAUCGCCUCCGUCUGCUUCACGGUCGCGUUCUGCUCGUCCGUCGUCACCGCGGACAUUACCGGCGUGAACGAGACGUUCCAUGUCAGCGAGGAGGUCUCCCUCCUCACCAUCACGCUGUUCGUCGUCGGCUUCGGUAUCGGACCGAUGGUCUUCGCGCCACUCAGCGAGUUGUACGGACGACGGGUCUUGUACGUGACCACACUACUCGUCGGCGUGAUAUUCGUCAUCCCCGGCGCCCUUGCCAAGAACAUCGGUACAUUGCUCGUCGCGCGAGCCAUCGACGGUAUCGGCUUCAGCGCACCAAUGACCAUCGUCGGUGGUACGCUCGCCGACAUGUGGCGGAACGAGGAGCGAGGCGUCCCCAUGGCCGCUUUCAGCGCCGCGCCGUUCCUGGGCCCCGCCAUCGGCCCGCUCGUCGGUGGCUUCAUCGCGGACAACCUCGGCUGGCGCUGGCUGUACUGGAUCCAGCUCAUCGUCGCGGGCGCCGUGUACGUGCUCAUGGUGCUCACGGUGCCCGAGACGUACGCACCAACGAUCCUCCUCAAGCGUGCGCGUCGGCUGCGCAAGGAGACGGGCGACUCGACGUACGUCACCGAGCAGGAGCUCGACAGGCGGCCGCUCCCGGAGACCCUGAGAGUCUUCGUCUUCCGGCCGUUCCAGCUGCUCUUCCAAGAGCUCAUCGUCUUCCUCGUCUCGCUGUACAUGUCUGUGCUGUACGGCCUGCUCUACAUGUUCUUCGUCGCCUUCCCCAUCGUCUACCAGGGCGGCAAAGGCUGGUCCGCCUCGAAGACGGGACUGAUGUUCAUCCCGAUCGCGAUCGGCGUCCUGCUCAGCGCGGUGUGCGCGCCGCUCGUGAACCGGCACUACAAGGGGCUCUGCGAGAAGCACGGUGGGGUCCCGCCGCCGGAGGCGCGCCUCGUCCCGAUGAUGGUCUCGUGCUGGCUCAUCCCGAUCGGGCUCUUCAUCUUCGCCUGGACGUCGUACCCACACGUGCACUGGAUCGGACCCGCCCUCGGCGGGUUCCCGAUCGGCUUCGGGUUCAUCUUCCUGUACAACUCGGCGAACAACUACCUCGUGGACUCGUACCAGCACCAGGCGGCGAGCGCGCUCGCGGCCAAGACGUGCCUGCGCUCAUUCUGGGGCGCCGCGGUGGUGCUUUUCACCGAGCAGAUGUACUCGCGCCUGGGCUUCGAGUGGGCAGGCUCACUCCUCGCGUUCAUCUCCCUCGCAUGCUGCGCCAUUCCGUAUCUCUUCUACUUCAAGGGUGCUGCGAUCCGCAAACACUCAAAAUACGCCUACUCUGGGGAAGAGUCUGCCAAGAACCACAUAUCCAAGGCAUAAAUGUCAUCCACAACCAUUCUUACUCCUCUCACUUGCUUCACAUCGAUCACUCACUGUAACUCUUGUAAUUGCGCUUCGCGU